AUGAUUUGCAAGUUUAUUUUUCUUGUUUUUGUUGCAUGGUGUGCUUACUUUGUGAGUCCUCUUUACCAGGGAACAGAAGUCAUUGAAGGUCUCACCCUCAACUUGCAUCGAAGCAUUUCGUCGGAGCAGAGUGGCCAAGGCUUCUCUUCGUCGAAGCGGGGUCGGCUACACAUUUUCUCUUGGAUCCCUGUAACUUCUGCCUGGACAGAGUCAUCUUCCACAUCAAAUGAAGUAGACUUACAAACUGAUGCAUUUUCAAGCAUGCACAAUCUUAGACUGCUCCAGCUCAAUAAUGUAAGUCUCGCUAGAAAUUACAAACAAUUUCCUAAGGAGAUACCCAGUGAGUUUUCUUUGGAGAGCUUAGUUAUUCUUGAGAUGAAAUAUAGCAGCUUAAAACAAGUUUGGAAGGGGAAAAAGUCGCUCGUAUCAUUGAAAAUCCUCAAUCUUAGCCAUUCCCAUGACCUUACAAAGACUCCUGACUUCUCAAAUGUUCCUAAUCUUGAGAGCUUGAUUCUUAAAGAUUGCAUAAAUUUGAUGGAGGUUCAUGAAUCCAUUGGGGAAUUGAAGAGACUUGUUCUGUUAAAUCUAAAAGACUGCAAGAAUCUUAGAAAUCUUCCCACAAAAAUUGGUCAGCUAAAAUUGCUUGAGAAAUUCAUUCUCUCUGGUUGCUCAAAGCUUGUCGAGUUGCCCGAAGAGAUGUGCGAGAUGGAAUCUUUAAAGGAUUUUAAUGCAGAUGCUACUGCAAUAAUUCAACUACCCUCUACCAGCAAUGACAUAAUCUCUUGGGUUUUUAGACUAAUAAAACCUCCGGAAUCGAUCAGUUCUUCAUUGGAUUGCUCGCCACGCACAUUAGUGAGGUUGAGUCUUGCAAACUGCAAUCUGUCAGAUGGUGCCAUUCCAAGGGAUCUUGGUAGGCUAUCCCUGUUGCAGCACUUGAAUCUAAGGCGAAAUCCGAUCUGUAGCCUUCCAGAGAGCAUCAAGUGUCUCACCAUGCUCCGGAUUCUUAAUUUAGGGGAAUGCACAAAACUCCAAUUGCUUCCAGAGCUACCAAUGAGUUUACAAAGCUUGAAUUUAGAGCAAUGCAUGUCACUUGAAAUAAUAACAAAUCCUCCCAAUUGGUUGAGUAAACGGGAGUCAGUGGAUCUGAAAUGGUUUGCGGCUGAUUGUGAGAAAGUAGUUGAGGUAAAGAAAUUGUUCAGGUUGGAACCUAUUCAAAACAUUGAUGCAGAAAUGAUCAAGAAUUUGGAGUUGAUUGAGUUGGAAUCCAUGGAAGAGGUUGAGGUGAAAUUGUACAAUUACAUAACAAUGAAUGAGUUGAUUGGUCCUAUCCAGGUGCGCUCUCUCUCUCUCUCUCUCUCUCUCUCUCUCUCUCUCAUGUUGUAUGAAGUUAUGAUUAUCAUGGAACAGGGACUGUAUGAAUUCGGUAUAUUCAGCAUUUAUCUUCCUGGAAAUGAGGUUCCAGCCUGGUACAGCAAUAAGACUACAACAGCCAAUAAGAUAUGUUUCAGUGUUCCUUCACUUCCUAAUAAUCUCAAGAUCCGAGGCUUGAAUGUAUGCGUUGUUUAUAAUUUCCAUGGUUCUAGAGAUUUCCACAGCUUUUGGUAUGAAUUUAUAAUUCGAACCUUCAAUAAGACCAAAGAUGUGAAGUGGAUCUAUUACCCAAACGUAACAGGGUUUCCAGAUGAGGGGGAAAAUAUGAUAGGGGUAAGCCAUUGGAAGCUUGGGAAUCAGAUUGAAGCUGGUGAUGAAGUGACUGUGGAUGUGGAAAUGUGGUACGAAUAUGAAGUAAAGGAGUUAGGAGUCCACAUUGUGUAUGAACAAGAAGAAGGGGAUGUUGCAGAUUUACCAUCACAUGUGGUUACCACAAGAGAACAAUAA